UAUUAGGCGUAGUAUGUUUAUCAAACGUCGAAACUACUACAUUUAAAGACGGAAAUGUGUGCAUUAUAGAUCAGAGCCGCUCAGGAAGCCCCCGGCCCUUCUUUCGUAAGGACUGAUCUGGGCGUGUUCAUUCUACUUACAUAAUAUUCAGAAAGUUACAUAACGCUCCAAUGCUGGCACUUGCAUAAGUGCAGCUGGUAAGUCUGUUCAAAGAGACGGGACGCUCGUAGAAGCAAAUCAAACGCCUGUUGGUGAGAGCCUCAAGUGCAUGAAGCUGAGCAGGUACUGUCUGGCCUGCUGAGUGGUUCCUGCAUUGUCUGUGUUUAUUACUGCACAGUGUGUCGAUCAGCAAAACCUGCAGGUCACUGUGCUGUGGCUAUUUUGUAUCUUAUUUCUCCAAACCUUUAAUCUUUCCUUUGCUGUUGAGCACCAAACAGAGAACUAAAAUGUCUUCAACGGGCAAAAGGCCGACCAAGAAAUCUGUACAUGAAAUGAAAGAUGUUGGCCAUGAGCAGAAGAAUGAAGAGAAAUCGAAUGAAAAAUCAACAGAAUUUCCUUGCUCCCCCAAGAGCCUGAAGGGACCUAAUCACAGUGAUUCAAGUCAGAAAGAGCAACAGAAUCACCCUGGUAAGAGAAAGAGAAUAGUGAAAAAUACUGAGCCAGGACAAAAUGAGGAAGAACUGUCCAACCCAAACAAAAAUAAAAGUAGAAAAGUUGAAGAUCAGACAUCUCCCUCAGGAGAGGAAGAUGUGUUAGAAAGAAUUAAAAAAUCACAUUUGUCCACUGCAAAAUCAGUUGAAGAAUUUAAUUUUAACAAAAAACGUGUCCGCCUUCUUUCCAAAGCCAAAGGGAUCCGGGAUAACUGUCAAGGAAUUACCUACUGGAUGUCACGAGACCAUCGAGUGCAGGAUAACUGGGCUUUCUUGUAUGCACAGUUGCUUGCUCUUGAGCAUAAACUCCCAAUCCAUGUCUGCUUCUGCUUGGUACCCAAGUUCCUAGGUGCCACCAUCCGCCAAUUUGGUUUCAUGCUGAAAGGACUUAAGGAGGUUGCUGAGGAGUGUCAGAUGCUGAAUAUUGCUUUCCAUCUACUGACUGGUUUUCCCAAAGAUGUGCUGCCAGAGUUUGUUAAAGAACACAACAUUGGUGCAAUAGUUACAGACUUCUCACCAUUACGUCUCCCACUGCAAUGGAUUGAGGAAGUGAAAAAUAAGUUACCAGAGGACCUGCAAUUUGUCCAGGUGGAUGCUCACAAUAUUGUACCCUGUUGGGUAGCUUCAGACAAACAGGAGUACAGUGCCAGAACAAUCAGGGGGAAGAUUCAUGAUAAGCUCCCGCAGUUCCUGACCGACUUUCCUCCAGUUAUCCAGCAUCCUUAUACCUCUCCCCAGAAAGUCCAGAUCAUUGACUGGGAUGCAGCCUAUGCAAGUCUUCAAGUGGAUCGCACAGUUCUGGAAGUUGACUGGGCAAAAGCAGGAACUACAGCAGGUCUAACUAAGCUAGAGACAUUCAUUAAGGAAUACCUCAAGAACUUCAGUACAGACAGAAACAACCCAAAUAAGGCUGCCUUAAGUAACAUGUCACCAUGGUUUCACUUUGGCCAAGUUUCGGUUCAGCGGGCAAUCCUAGAGAUAAAGAAGUUCCGUAACAAGUUUAAAGAGAGUGUAGACAGCUACGUCGAAGAAGCUAUGGUGCGGCGGGAGUUGGCAGACAACUUUUGCUUUUAUAAUAAACAGUAUGACCAGUUUGAAGGUGCCUCUGAGUGGGCACAGAAAACUUUGAAAUUGCACAGCAGUGACAAGCGACCAUAUCUUUAUACCCUAAAACAACUGGAGAAUGGGAAAACACAUGAUUCCUUGUGGAAUGCUGCACAGCUUCAGAUGGUCCACGAAGGGAAAAUGCAUGGUUUUUUACGAAUGUAUUGGGCUAAAAAGAUUUUGGAGUGGACCUCUUCACCCGAGGAAGCUUUGACGUUCUCUGUCUACCUGAAUGAUCGUUAUCAACUUGAUGGCAUAGAUCCCAAUGGAUACGUUGGCUGUAUGUGGUCAAUCUGUGGAAUCCAUGACCAAGGCUGGGCAGAACGACCAAUCUUUGGCAAAAUUCGUUACAUGAAUUAUAAUGGAUGCAAGAGGAAAUUUGAUGUUGCCCAAUUCGAGCGGAAAUACCACCACAACAAGUUCACGAAAACAAUCUAGAUCAGUGCUUGCUUUUAUAAUUGCGUAACCUAAAUUUAAGUGCUCUAUCACUGACUGCCAUGCCACCCCUGCCAUAGGCUUGAGCUCCAGUUCCCUUCUGAAAUAUCACCACCUCCCUUUCCUCCUCUAAUGUGGCUUUUUAGUCAUCUGCCCUGGCAUCUCAUGCUCCUGUGCAGAGCCUUGGGAUGUUUUGCUAUGUAAAUAGCUGAGUCCCAUGUAGAUUUUUUUCCCUUAUUUGAAUGAAAUUGAGGCAUGAGAAUGAUCUAGGGAAUAAAAUUAGACAGACUGUGUAAUAAGAUUCUGUAUAAUAGAAUGUGCAUUUCCAGGAAAGCCUAUUUAACUAAUCAUCAUAGCUGGCACUUCUUGGAAAACAUUUUUUUUAAACAGAAGUUAACUUGGCUCUGAGGAUUUCUGGGUCUGAGGAAGCUCAUCUUCCUCUUUUCAUAGACACAAAUACCACCCGUGCAGUGAGUAGUGGUUGGUGCAUUCCCUGAUUUUAAGGGUGUACACUGACCAUUGCCCAUUGAGAACUUGAAACUUGUGGAAAGCAGGAGAGGAGAUAACCAUAUGCUGUGCCCUAUUUAAUAGUUCAUACAUUUUUCACACAUCUGUUAUAUACAAACCACAAAUAUGCAUAAAUGAGACAUACAUGAUAUUUAAAAAUACAAAAUUUGUAAAAUCUUUUAACCUCAAGCAGAAUGGCCAGCAAUUAGUACCACCAUUGGUUACUAUUUUUACAAAAAUAACUGUCAACUGUACAGUUUUCAGUAUAAAAAGGAUCUCUUUGGGAAUUAAGAAAUCAUCAACUUUUGUAAGGAAAAAUGAAAUCAGAGCUUCAAGUGCAUGCAAGAAACUGUAGAUGGGAUCAUCCUAGAUCUGAAUGGUGGCCUGAAUUUUCUUCCACUGCUGCUUGCCCACACUAACCUGUUCUGGGCACAGAGAGCUGACCAAGCUAACUCUGGACCCAGGUGGUAUCCCACAAGUUGGAGCAGGCUUUGUCCCCAUUCUGUUGCUGUAACAACAUACAUGGUGUAGAUUUUCAUAACGCAGCAAUUUUAGUUUAGGGUUCUGCUCCUAGUUUGUUUAAAUUUUUGGCUUUUUUUUUAUAUAAAUAAGAGCUUAUUUAGACUCUAUGGAUUUAUACUGAAAGUUGCAUCAUUUCAGGCAAGUGCUAUGAAUUUAUCUUAACAAAUUACAUUUUUGUACCACAAAGUUGGAUAUGCAAACUGAUAUUGGAGCAAUGAGGUACAUUAGUGAGUUAAACACAUCAAAUCAAAAAAAUAGAAGAAAAUGGCCAAAUUAGAGCAAGAGAGGAAAGGAUUGGACUGAGAGAGAAAGGAAAAUGUAAAAGAAACUAAGUGAUCUGUAUCCUGUAGAAGUUUCAAUUAUUCCCUUGUGUCUCUGCCUCCAACAUGAAAGGCCUAAAAGACUGGAUUGAAUCAUAUGGAGCCACAUCAUAAAUUCAGCUAUUUUUGACAUUUGUGGGGUCUCUCAUUUUAGUAUUACCCUCAGUGUAGCUAGUUCUCGUACUUUUCCUUCACUGUGAAAGUAGAAUGAAUGACAUGAGACUAUCAAAUUCUGUUCAUUUCUUAUCUCAUUGGUAUAACUUAGCCUUGGUUCUAAAUUCUAAACCAUGGUGAGAACUUGUAUGUAGCAGUACCUAAUUAACUACUCACUGCCAAUUCCCAAUGAAAAGACUGUAAUGCUGCAGAAGUUGUUUUACAAAUGAAAUGUUCAUCAACAACUUGCAUUUCUAUAAUGCUUUUAAAAUAAAAUCUGAACAUCCUCCAUGGGAGGUGACCAAAAAACUUAGUAAUAGUAGUUUUAAAGAAGGGUUUUAAUGGAGGACAGAGUGUUAGAAAGUUUAGGGAGGAAAUUUCAGGAUUUAAGAGCUGUAGCAACGGAAGGUACAGUUGCUGGAAGGUUUCACCAUCUGAAAAUUAAAAGCAGUAGCUCAUUUGGCCCAUCAACCUCCAUAGCUUCCUUGGGUAGAGAAUUCCAAAGAUUCACUAUGCUCUGAGUGAGAAGUAUCUUCUUAUAUCAUUCCUGAAAGGCCAACCCUUUUUUUAGACUAGUUCUGGAUAUCUUGGCCAUGGGAAACAUUCCCAGCACCUGCCUUAUCUUUAAAAAUGUUGUCAGAUUUGCUAUAUAUUUUUCAGCAUUACCUUUGUUUCAAAUUUCUAGAUGCAUUAUUGGCUCUACUAUUAAAUGAGAGCAACAAAAUGCUGUGGUGAAGGCUUAUGUAAUCAAAACAGAGGCAUAAUCAGUUUGAAUGCAGUUGCUGGGAGCAUAGUUACUAAGUUUUCAAAUGCCAGGUCAUAGCUUUGCCACUUGUAGUAUUUUUCAGCACAAAUCCAGAACAAGAAUCCAAGUUUUUUAUCCUGCUGGACAUAUUGAGAAUCUUCUCUGGCAUAAUACACAUUCUGGCAAUACAUGAUUAACUUAAAGCAUUCUCUGUAUAAAUCAUCCAAUGAUUUGAACAAAGCAUUGUAAAUAAAAGUGCAAAUUCUGACCCAGUUGGUAUUAUUCUCAACUGACUUAGGCUGUGGAUUCAGACCAUGUUCUGAACCCAACUCUAGGCUGAUGCUAACCAUCCAUUACUUGAAGACUGGAUGUGUGUUCUUUGGUUGAGACAGUAAACCAAUUUCCUACCACUUCCAUCAAUUGGAUAUAAUAGCCCACAGCACUAUUUUACUCCUGGUCAAUAUCCUUCAUUUUCAUCAUUACAUACUAGCCAAUAUCAAUUUACUGUUUCUGGCUGGUUUUUUUUGUUUAAUAUGUUGUAAUAUAACUGGGAAUUUGUCUUCUGCAAAUGAUUCAUUCUUUUUGAAGCAGAAUGACUUUGUUCUACACAUUGGCUGCUGUGUUUUCCAGGUUAGAAGUUGACUAUACUUUACAUAUGCCCUUGAACAUCCUUGGUGCAAUGCUGGAUACAAAUUAGAUAGUAACUAAGUUGGUUUUUUUAAUUUUACAGAAAUGCACUGAAGACUUUUUGAUUUGUCCAAUGCAACAAGCUCAAGACAGACUUGGAAAUCUUUGUACAGUGCUCAAAGCUUUCAUUA